AUGUUCUAUACGGAUACCUCGAUAAUGAUUUCUCUCCCUAACGAGAUCCAGUUGGAAAUAUUCUAUGCGUUGCAUUAUAGCGACGCAACGCAGAUAGCCAAGCAAGACACCUUGCACGCUGUUUCUCAAGUCUGCCGUCGAUGGCGCCACCUCACGACAAGCACCUCGAUAUUCUGGACAUACAUCUUCGUAACGGAGACCUCAGUUGACAUGAGUGUCCGCUUCGACGACCCGUUACUUGUGGAGGAAACCCACACAUCGCUGAUUUUUCCUUGGGUAUCGACUCUUCUGCGUCGUUCAGGAGCCAAACCCAUUGACGUUAGUAUAGCUCUUGAGUCCGAUUUCUUCGAUCCUACAUUGUCAGAAGCGCAAAAUUUGUCGAAUUUUUCUUGGAGACCUGGUCAUGUCGCCAUCCUCUCUCGGAUCCUAGCUACCCAUGCAGCUCGGCUUAGAACCGUCGAAAUACUCUCGGACGUCUGGCAGCCUAUCCAGGAUUUAGGGGCAGCUCUCGUCGGUGUUCCGAUGCCACUUUUGCAAGUCUGGAACGUGACACGAGACAAUGCUCAAUGGGGACACCAAACUCAUUUCGAUCUCGAGCUUGACGCAAAUAUGUCUGCUAUCGAAUGUCCUUGUGGCGUGAAUCCCUCAAAUGAAUUGAACACCAAGAUGUAUCCUAACCUUCGUAUCCUUACUCUACAAGGAGUACCCCAGAAUUGGAAUCAACUCAUUCCCCGUAAUUUGGUCGAGCUCGACCUCGAAUAUCUUCCACUUAAUCGCCGUCCGAACCAGGAAGAGCUUAGGGCUCUAUUGCUCGGGAGCCAGUUUUCCUUGCAAUCUUUGACGUUGUGGGCAGCAGCGCCUCUCAGAGGAGACCACGUCAAGGUCACUUUACCCAAUUUGAAGACCCUUUCUGUGGGAUUCUCCUUCCUCCAUGCUGCGAUCAAUCUCACCACGUAUCUUGAAGUCCCGAAAUUGUCAAGUUUAGAAAUUUACGACAUGACCCACCAUAAUUCUUCAAAUUUUGAUGAUGAGCACAGUGUCAUGACGACGAUGUGGCUUCUUGAAGAUUUUUACCUGCACAUGAUCGACCACUGGCCUCUGAAAAAACUCACACAGCUUACUUUCCGUUCGCCAUCUUUUCCUAUGUCUGAUUAUGACGACCUUGAGGACGCGUUCGCUGAACACAGAGAGGAUGAUUCUCCCCUCCCUAUACUUCUCAACUUCCUUCUGCACUGUUCGUCGGUCAAGAAGGUUCAUUUCAUUGAUCCCGAUAUCGCCUCAUUAAGAGCUUUGGUGACUGUGUCGCCCGUGAACCAUCAGGGUUUCCCCGGCCACACACUUGCCUCGUUGCUCCUCGUGCAGUUGACACCAUUCUACUCGACGUUCUUCCUGGAUGUGAAUAUAAGUUACGGUCGUUCUUGA